AUGAACGGAUUUGUUAAUUGGUAUACUGCAUCUGUGAAGAGAUCUCCCAGGUUGACCAAUGGGAUAAUGACUGGUUCAUUAUUUGGGAUCGGUGAUGUGAUUGCACAAGUUGGGUUCCCCGAAAAAAAGGGUCAGAAGUACGAUCUUGCAAGAACGGUUCGGGCCGUUGUAUACGGUUCUUUGAUUUUCUCAAUAAUCGGUGAUUCGUGGUACAAAUUCUUGAACCAGAAAGUUAUAGUGAAACCGGGGAAACAUUGGACCAACACUGCCGCAAGGGUCGGAUGCGACCAACUUCUCUUUGCCCCGGUUGGUAUUCCAAUGUACUACGGUGUCAUGUCAAUACUCGAGGGUAAAUCGCUAGUUGAUGCAAAGAAAAAGAUAGAAGACAAUUGGUGGCCCACUUUGGUCACAAACUGGUAUGUUUGGCCUGCGUUCCAACUAAUUAACUUUUCAUUGGUACCAGUGCAUCAUAGGCUCUUCUCCGUCAAUAUAAUAUCCAUAUUUUGGAAUGCUUUCCUAUCUUUCAAGAAUUCUAUUUCUCCAAGUGACAAGAAAGUACCUGUGAACUUCCCACCGGUUCCUGAAUAG